AUGUGCGUCGACUUCUUAGAUCAUGGAGAAAAUAUUUGUGAUAUUUUGAAAACCAUUGAUAAAACUUAUCAUCAUGUUGAUAGGUAUCAGUCUCAGCACAAAAGUGCCAUUUUAAAAGAAGUUUCCUCCCGGAAACCGACUCAUCGCACAAUGGGUCGCCCGGAAACAGCGCCUCCAGACCCAAGAGGUUUUCUGAGACAAGGAGCAGGCGUUGGUGGCGGUAAUUAUUCAAGGAUGCCCCCUGUCAAUGAAGAAGGACGAAAACCAAAGUGUUUGCUUGGAGAGGAUUGCAAACGGGCUCCUGUUCCACCUAGAGCUAAAUCCUGUUCCCCCCGUAAAAAAGGAACGAGGCUUUGCGAAAAUUGUUUCACAGAGUUUGAAAAAAACUGGAAAACCCACAAUAUUCGCAAAGCAGUCAAAUCGAAACCAAAUGUUCCUCCAGCAAGAUUUGUUGAUGGUGCUAAAGGUGAUACAUUUGAGUUGGAAAAUUCAGGCUUGAUUCCCAAAUAUAUCUACAAGAAAAAUUAUGGAAAAAUACCCAAGUACAUAAAAAAGUUUCAAAAGGAACGUGAAAAUGCAGAAAUGAUGAAACUGCAUGAAGAGACUGAGAGAAAAUCGAGACAAGCGAGAAAUGGUUAUGUGUCUCAGGAGGAAAGAGAGGAAUUGUUACAUGGACUAAAGCACAACAGAAUUGAAUUGUUGAAGCAAUUCAAUAAACUGCCACUGCUAGUCGAUACCAUCAGUAAAGCCAAUCAGAAAACAAUGCUGGAAAUACAAUUGAGGACUUUAGAAAAAGACAUACUGUCUCUGGAAGCCAAUAAAUAUAUUUAUGUAUAUGAUGAUCAUAAACACCACUGCCACUGUGGAUGCCAUUAG